CGCCGCCAUGCACUUCGUCGCUUGGACCACGCAUUCGCGAAUCGCGAUCGCAGUACAAUAUAAAUAAAAAUCGUCGAGAGCCGCGUUGAAAGAUAAUGAUCCAGAUAGCGAUCAAGUGCACGUGAGAUCGGCGUCGUUCACACGAUCACGCUUCGUUCUUCCUCUCUUCCUCUCGUGCUCCUCUGCGCGAGUAGUCCGGACCUCCUCGCAGGACAAGAAAAAAACGCGACUGAAACGCGAGGAAAAGGAGAUGAAUCGUGAAUUCCCGCGCCGAGUGUAGGAGAGCGCAGCGGGCGUAUGUAUACCUCUACCGUCCGUGUCAUCUGAAAUCUGUGCAGUGAUUUGUAUGGCGAAUCGGUGUCUCGCGUGCGGCGCAAGAGAGAGGAGCGAUUGAACUUUUAACUUUGUUUAUCUCUCGCUUGUCGCAAACAAAAUGUUAUGGUAUACGCGCAGCGGCGGCUGGGGUGCGCCAACCGUAUGCCGUUGAUCACUUCGAUCCCGACUUAGUCGAUUCUCCACCUCUUGUCUUCAAUUCAAGGCACGCACGUAUAUGUAUUCGACGAGAUGUCUACUUCGUGAGCAAUGAUUGGAAAAAGCUUCUGCAUGAGAGGAUGCACUUGCGUCGAGAACCUGAAAUGAGACAUUAUUGGACCGCAUCCUUCUUGCUACCAGUUGGAUCAAUUUUUAUUCUUGCAGUGGUCGUUUUGCUAAUGGUAUUAUUCAAGAGAUGUCCUCAUACGGUAGCCGCGAUUGUUACUACAAUGCUCACUACCAUUAUCAUAUUAACAAUUGUAUUGUCACUUAAUCACGAUCCAGUUUAUACUUAAUACAUUUAUAUGAAGUAAUUAUACAUAUAUCAACUGUUAUAUUAUAUACAUCUUUUUUUCAUAUGUACAUUGAACUGAAAGUUCAAAUCUGCUAUACAAGAAUUUUUGUAACAUAUUAAAUAAAUAGAAUAUGUUACUUAC